AUUGCCACCAAUUCCGUUCUUCUGCGUUUGCUUUUUUGUAGAAAUGUGUCCACAAUGCACGCAUGCAAAACACCAUGCAAUUGAUUGAAUUUUCUUCCAACACGUAUGAUUGUUUACUUUCAACGCCAAAUGUCUGUUGAUGGGAGGGACAAACUGAGUCUCAAAAAAAAGAUGUAUGUCAUAAUCUACACAAGAAAAAAAAGAGCCGUAGAAGCCCGUUUGAGAAGGCCUUCAAUCUCACUCCUUCAUUCCUUCCUAAUCGCCUAA